AUGGCUUCUACAAAACCUCUUGUUCUUGUCAUUGGAGGCACAGGCGUUCAAGGCAUGCCCGUAGUCAAAGAAUUAGCUCAAGAUGGCGCCUACAACAUUCGCCUCGUGACUCGAAGUGCCAACUCUCCACACGCGCAAGAACUGGCGCAACUUCCAGGGGUGACCAUCGUCGAAGGAGAUAUCUACUCCGAGCAUGACCUCCAUGGAUUCUUCUCUGGAUGCACUCACGCCUUUAUCAAUACAAAUGGUGGUGCCAUUGGCGAAAAAGGUGAAAUCUAUUGGGGUAUCCGUUAUUAUGAAAUCGCACGCACACACAAGCUGCAACAUUUCUUGUACUCCAGCCUUGAGUAUUCACUCAAGAUCUCCGAUUUCGAUAACGAUUAUAGAGAUGGUCAUAUGGAUGCGAAAGCUAAGGUUGCGGAUUGGAUUAGCGUACAGGACAAGGAGAAGAUGAAGUGGAGUAUCUUGACUAGUUGUUUGUAUAUGGAAAUGUUGAAUGAGCUUUUGGCUCCUCAUCCUGAUAAGGACGAUCCCGAGACUUUGGCUUUUAUUGCUCCCUUGGGACCAAGAGGAAGUGCGCCGCUGAUCGCUUUAGAGGACUUUGGAAAAUAUGCCAGAUGGGUGUUCGAUCAUCCCCAUCGUAGCAAUGGACUUAAUCUUCAUGUUGCUUCUCAAGAAGUUGUUUGGGCUGAUAUUCCAGCUGCGUUUACUGAAGCCACCGGGAAGAAAGCGGUGUAUAAAGAUGUGACGGUCGAUGGCUGGUUUGAUCUUGGCCUCUUCCCAGAUCCGGAUGCGAAGUUUGGGCACAGUGCUCCCGGAGACGAAGAAACAUUGCAAACGUAUCGGGAGAAUUUUGGUGGGUUCUGGAGAUUUUGGAAGAGUGGCAAGGUAAGAAAGGAUUGGGCUUUGAUGGAUGAAAUUUUGCCGGGAAGGAUCAAGUCGGUGGGCGAAUGGAUGAGAAAGAGUGGGUACGAUGGAAAUAUUAAGCCCUUGUUGCACGACUUUCAUCAGAAAACGAGAGAAGCCUAG